CUCAUUUUGUAUAAAUAAUCAACAUAUAGCUUUAUUAAUUUUUAAACCAACAAUAUAAUAUAGUGGUUCGUCAUGCUGUCUUCUCAAGUGGUCGCUGCGGCCGCGUUGGUUCUUCUACCGACAACUUACGCAAUAAGCGCUGCCGAGCUUGCUCAAAAUCUCAAGAUUGAAUUUCAAGUACACGAUAAUUUUGUGCAAGAGUGCAACAACGCUGACUGGAUGUUUUGCUUCUCUGCAUCUACGUUCAUCGAGUACACCGGCGAGACCGACGUUUUGGAGAAGGAUUGGGAGAUUCGCUUCAGUAGCAUUCGUAUGUUGAUGGAGAAUCUUGAUUCUGAGUUCAACGUCACACACACCACCGGAGAUAAUCAUAUAAUAACACCUACUGAUGCAUUCACCGGUUUCAAAGCGGGCGAGGCACGCAGAGAAUUAAAGCAGAAAUGGGAGUACUGGAUGCUGUUCCAAACUGAUGUGAUUCCACGAUGGUUUGUUGUUGAUGCCGGUGGAAACACAGCUGUCAUCCCCAACACUGACACCGAAGUAAUCAAGGCAUACUCAGUACCUCUUGGAGACGUUGCUAACACUGGAGAUGAGCUAGUUAAGGACACGGAGGCAAUGCGAUUUAUUACGAACAACGAGCUUAAUGUGACUACACAGGAAAAUCGACUGCGUGUUAUUCCAAAACCUCUAUCCACAGUCGCAGGGGUCGGUAAUGUGGAUAUAAGCGCAGGCAUCAACCUGGAUGAUGCUACCUUGAGUACUGACAUGCAAGCUGCAAUCACUCAACAUCUCGCAAACGUGGGUGUGAUGCGUAACGCUACUGGACACACAAUCACAGUCACAAUCAAUGGUACUGGACUGGCCCCUGAGGCGGCGAAAGCUGAGGGUUAUCAACUUACUCUGGCUAACGCUGGAUCUACUAUUCAAGGAUUUGAUGAGGUUGGUGCGUUCUAUGGUGUCAUGACCGUCGUUGGACUUGUACAUGUCGGUGAACACACGAUACCCGAGGCAGCCAUUUUCGAUGCUCCACGUUAUCCCACUCGCGGCGCUUUCGUUGAUGUAGGAAGAAAUUUCCACAAGAAAGAUUCCAUCCUGCGAUUGCUUUCGAACAUGGCAGCGUACAAGUUGAAUCACUUCCACUUUCACCUCAGUGAUGACGAAGGGUUCCGCCUUGAAAUACCUGGUCUCCCAGAGCUUACCAACAUUGGAUCGAAAAGAUGCCACGACCCGACUGAAAAGAAAUGUUUGUCACCGCAACUAGGAGCUGGACCUGACGAGAGCGCCACCCCUGAAUUCUUCACCAAAGCCGAGUUCAUCGAGAUACUGCAAUAUGCAAACGCUCGGGGUAUCGAAGUCAUUCCUGAAUUCGAUAUGCCCGGCCACUCUCGAGCUGCAGUUGUGUCUAUGACUGAUAAUGCCGAGUACAAGCUGGAUGAUCCAGAGGACACGACCUUCAUUCGCACUGUGCAGUUCUAUGGCCGAGAAAGUUGUCUAAACCCCUGUGUCCCUGGAUCUGCGAAGUGGGUAAAGAAAAUCAUCAGCGAGCUCGGCGCUAUGUACACUGAGGCCGGUCUUACUAUGGAUUCUUGGCAUUACGGUGGUGAUGAGGUUACCAAUGUGUAUACUCAUGCCGGGUACGAUCAGGUCGAAGACGAGAGCAUCAAGGAUCUGCCUUUCUCAAAGUCUCCAGCUUGUCAAGCAUGGAUUGAAGAGCGCGGUAUCGACUUCGAAGAUAUCACACAUACAUGGGGAGUGGAGGUGUCUGGUUUCUUGAACGAGACUGGUACUGUGAAAAAUGUAUACGCUUGGAACGAUGGAUUCAAAGAUUCAAAUCAUUCCGAGUUCAAGACUGACAGGACUACUGUAAACAUUUGGGAUACAGUGUUCUGGGGCGCCGAUGCAAAUGUAUUGACAUUUAACGAUCUGGGUCAUGAAGUUGUACUGUCAUGCCCGGACUUCCUCUACUUUGACUUCCCAUACGAACGUAACCCCGAUGAGCGUGGUUACUACUGGGGUGCUCGAUCCACAAACAUGCGCAAAGUAUUCGGGUUUGCGCCCGACAACAUGCCACAGACGGCUGAGUACACUGAGCAACGUAGCGGAACUCCAUAUGAAGUUACUUCGUCAGCGCGAAAACCUGUAGUACAAGGUAUUCAGGCCCAAGUUUGGUCAGAGGUUGUUAGAGAUGAUGACACUCUUGAGCAUAUGAUGUUCCCUCGUCUUCUGGCCGUCGCUGAACGGGCAUGGCACAAAGCCGCAUGGGAGUUGGAAUACGUUCCGAUGCAAACCUACGGCAAUGGUACCUCAUUCGUUGAUACAGCAGCUCUUGAUGCGGAUAUUGAUGAAUUCAUGGGCGUGUUCGGUAUGCGCGAGGCUGAUAAGCUCACCGCCAUCGGUUCCAAUAUGCGUGUGUCUCCUCCAGGUAUCGAUUAUACUGGUGGAAUACUGACAGCUAACCAUGAUACCCCCGGCGCUAAGAUCGAGGCAGACACUGGAUAUGGCUUCGGAGUAUACAAAGGACCAAUGGGUAUAGUAGAUGCUUCCAAGGUCCAAGUGCGAGCUGUACAUGGCGGGGUUGCGUCUCGUGCGGUGACAAUCCUGACCGAGAACUGUGCGUGCGCCAGUGGAACAGUAUGUGUACUGAAUAGCACCUCUUUCGAGAACCAAUUCAUAUGCCAGGCUCCCGCUGACUCCACCACUACACUGGUCGAUGAUUUGGCUAAGAAUUUGGUCAUAACGCAUUCUGUAAUCAGUAAUUGGGAUUAUACUUGCAAGGAAGCUGAUGGCGGUUUCUGCGCACUUGCUCAGUUGGACUUUGUAUACCACGGAGACGCUAGUUACACCGAUUCAGCGGCCUUCAAGAUCCACUUCUCGACGCCUAGAAUGUUGAAGGAGAGCAACAGCACAGAAUUCGCAAUCAACCAUGUCACCGGCGACAACCACGAGAUUGUCCCUAUGGCAAACUUCACAGGUUUCAAUGGACCCUAUUCCACCAUCUCCAUGCAAGUCAAGUGGGAGUACUGGCUUCUAUUCCAGACUGACUUCUUCCCGCGCUUCUACGUUGAGGACAUGGUCACCAACGCCACCAAGGCGAUCGCUAAUACCGACACCGAACAAGUGCUGCGCUAUUCAACCACUAUUGGAGAUACGGUAGACGGUGAGGGCUAUCCCGGAACAAGUUUGACCAAGAUGACACCCAAGAACCGAUUCGACUACAACAAAAAUCUCUCGGCCAUCACUGCCGAUGAUGUUACGGCUCGUAUUGUACCCCAGCCGUUGAAGACAACUGUUGGAAGUGGCACUGCAGAUAUCAGCAAGGGAAUGAAUAUUGAUGACUCCGUACUGACCCCAGAGGUCCAGGCUGCUGUCACGACACUUAUGUUGCGUGCAGGCCUUGCAAGGUCCACAGAGGGACACAAGGUCACGCUCGCGAUCGCACCCACCACACCCGUUGCGCGUAGACAAGCUGUUAACGAGAGUGAAGAGGCUUACACACUCAGUGUGGCGAGUGAUGGUUCUGUAGUUACUGCCGGCAACCCCAAGGGUUUGUUCUACGGUAUUGUGUCUAUCUUGAGUUUGGUGGACACCAAGAAGACUACCAUCCCCGAGGUUGAGAUCGAGGAUACUCCCCGCCUACCUAUCCGUGGAGCAUUCGCCGAUGUGGCCCGCAACUUCCACAGCAAAGAGUCUAUCCUACGCCUGCUCGAUAACAUGGCAUCGUAUAAGCUGAAUCACUUCCACUUCCACUUGAGUGACGAUGAGGGUUUCCGUCUUGAGAUUCCUGGUCUACCCGAACUAACAACCAUAGGUAGCAAGCGAUGCCAUGACAACACUGAGACCAAGUGCUUGAAGCCUAUGUUAGGUUAUGGACCCGAGGAGCAUGCGGAUGAAGAGUACUUCUCGGUCGAAGACUUCAAGGAGAUUCUAACAUACGCCACCGCCCGAAAUAUCGAAGUUGUACCCGAAUUCGAUAUGCCCGGCCACUCACGCGCUGCUGUUAUUAGUAUGCGUAGCCGAACUGAUGAUACCUACCGUCUGGACGACCCUGAAGAUACCACCUUUAUCCAAACCGUGCAAUUCUACCACAAGGAGAGUUGCCUCAACCCAUGCGUGCCCGGUGCACAGGCAUGGAUUAAGAAGAUCAUAACCGAGGUCAAGGCCAUGUACACUGCUGUGGGUGUGCCUCUCCGCAAGUGGCACUACGGUGGCGAUGAAGUUGUGAAUGUGUACACACACGGAGGAUACGAUGACGCUGGCUUUCCACCAGAGAUGCGUCAGCAACCUUUCGAAGGUUCACCCGCUUGCCAGGCAUACAUCGCGGCUAACAAUAUCACUUUUGAAGAGAUUACUCAUACUUGGGGUGUUGAAGUGUCCGAGUUCUUGGCCGAAGCCGGUGUCGAGGAGAUGUUGGCGUGGAACGAUGGUCUCAAGGGCAGUCAACACGCUGAGUUUGGUACUGAGCGCACAACUGUGAAUUUGUGGGAUCCCAUCUUCUGGGGUGCCGAUGGCUCUAUCCAGACCUUCAAUGAUCUAGGCCAUGAUGUCAUACUGAGUUGCCCCGAUUUCUUGUACUUCGACUUCCCCCAAGAGAAGAACAUCAACGAACGCGGCUACUAUUGGGCUUCGCACACGACCUCUCUGCGUAAGGUGUUCACCUUCGCACCUGAGAAUCUCCCACAAUGCGCCGAGUAUACUGAGGACAGAGACGGCAGUGCCUACACCAUCACCUCGGGUCCAACAGACUCAUCGAAGGUGCUAGGUCUGCAGGGACACGUCUGGAGUGAGGUAGUACGCACAGACGACCAAUUCGAGUACCAGAUGUUCCCCCGAUUGAUCGCAGUAGCAGAGAGAGGUUGGCACAAGGCCGCCUGGGAGCUGGACUACGAGGCCAACAAAACCUUUGCAGGCGACAACACAACGUUCGUAGACACGGAGGCUAUGGAUAAGGACUUUGCAGGCUUCUUCGAGGUGGUGGGUACCAGAGAGCUUGCGAAGGUUGAGAAAGUAGGCACGCAAUUCCGUGUCCCACCCCCAGGUGUAAAUGUUGCAGGCAAAAGUUUCGAGGCAAACACUGAGACACCCGGAUCCAGCAUUGAAUACGAUAUCACAGGCAAUGGUGACUUUGUACCAUAUACUGGACCUGUGGCUGUGACAGACGCGUCCGAGAUUGCGGUACGUACCGUUAUUGGUGGACUAACCUCACGGGUUGAGAAGGUUCAGUUGGGUGGAUGCAACUGCGCAGAUGGGCCAAACUUCUGUCAGCUGAGUGGAGACAGCUACGUGAGUGAGUUUACAUGCACGAGUGACUCGGCUACCCUGGACACAACAAAGCCUGAUGCGUCAGAAAGUGGUGCUGCUACGGGCAGUGAUACAGACACAGACACAGACACAGAUCUAACGUGGAUGUAUGUAUGCUUUGGUAUCUUGGGAGCGGGUUGCGUCUUCCUACUUUACACCUCCUUCGUGGCCGUGACGAAGGGCGAUAAAGAUGCAGAGUCUCAGGUUAGCCUUCGCUAAAUACAUACACAUCUUGUAGAUGGUGUGUAUCAGAUCAGUCAUUCAUUAGUUACACAAAUAAUCAAAAUAGAAUCUAGAAAUUUUAAUAUAAUAAAACGACGAUACCUUGUCCUCAGAUCUAUCACAUAAACAUGGCGUGUACAGUUGUAAGCGAAAUCGUUCGCACCAUUCAAAACAAUAUUGCUGACCCCCCUCUUCGGAGAUCGAAGAUUACCUUGUAUUCAGUUUCUGUGUUUUAGAUAUAUAUAUUCUAAAUUUUAUGACGCAGUGAGCGCGAAGCUCAGUCCUGCAACUUCGUGGCACCGUAUUUAUCAAAAUCUAUAUAACCUCCGCAGCCACGAAUAUAAAAACAGCGGAACUGAGAGUGGGCAUUUUGCGGCAAAAACUGUGUUGACAUGGCAAUGUCAUAAUCGCCGCAGCCAAGAUGAUAACGAAGGAACCGAGUGCGGGCAUUUUGCGGCACGCGUUAUGUCGGCAUGACAACCUCAUAACCUCCCCAGCCAAGAUUAUAGACAGCGGAGCCGAGUAUAGAC